AUGGAUACUGCCAUAUGGAUACAACUUAUUACAUUAAUUAUUUGCUUAAAUGCAGUUGCAGCUAAAGAUUAUUAUGAAGUAUUAGGUGUAAAACGAGAUGCUAGUGAUAAAGAUAUUAAAAGACGUUUUCGUCAAUUAGCUUUAAAAUAUCACCCAGAUAAAAAUAAAGAACCUAAAGCUGAAGAAAAAUUUCGUGCAAUAGCUGAAGCAUAUGAUGUAUUAGGUGAUCCAACUAAACGUCGUCAAUAUGAUACUCAAGGCCAUCAAUCCUAUACAUCAUCAUCAUCGAAACAAGAUGGUUUUUCUGGUUUUCAUUUUAAUAUGAAUGAUUUUUUUCAACAUUUUGAUUCAGCAUCAUCUCAUUUUCAUCAUGCUGAUCAUGAUCAUUUUAAUUUCGAUUUCGGUUCAGCGUUCGAUGAUGAUAAUGAUGAUGACACUGGGUAUUUCUCUGAUGGAAAUCAUUUUGGUUUCGAUGAGAUAUUCGGUGAUUUUGGCGAUGCUGGUUUUGGUAGUGAUUUAUUCGGGGGCAAUGGAAAUUUUCAUGUUCAUACAUCUGGUUCUUCUCAUCAAAACUGUCGAACUGUAACACGUAGAGAAGGAAAUACCGUAUCAACGAUAACAGAGUGCUAUUAA